UUUGGAGAGAGGCAAAAUCUGCAGGGCGAAAUCAGAGCAGACUUCACCUUCCAGUGGUUGAGCUCUCCUGACCUCUGGUCAGCCUUCGCUCCCUGCCACCACCAUCUGCGCGCUCCUGGCUGGGUCGGGGAGCGCCGGCUGGACCCGCCCCAAGCUCCAUGGUUUGCCCAGCCUUGCGCGAUGGUGACUCUGGGCGCGGAGGUUGGCGCCAGGCAAGUCAGCAGCUCACAGAAUGAAGGCGGGGAGCACGGCGUGGACUGCCUCCCCGACCCCAGCACCCAGACCAGCGGCCCAACCACCUGAAUCCGGAAAACGCCAACAAGUAGUUUCUCUUCGGAGAAGGGCGGCUCGGCUGGGUGUCGGGACUCAGUCCUGCUGCCCGGAGCCUCUCGUCCACUCGGAAACCAUAGCAGAGCCACUUUUCUCUGGGUCUCCUUAAGUCAUGUCUGAGCCACAGAGAUGGGCAAGAUCGAGAGCAACGAGAGGGUGAUCCUCAAUGUCGGGGGCACCCGACACGAAACCUACCGCAGCACCCUCAAGACCCUGCCCGGGACGCGCCUGGCCUUGCUGGCUGCUUCUGAGCCCCAGGGUGACUGUCUAAAGGCGGUGGGCGACAAGCCACAGCGGUCGCCACCUCCGCUCUCGCCGCAGCCGCGGGCGCCCGCGCUGCCCCCGGGACCUGGAGGCUGCUUGGAAGGCGGCGCCGGCAACUGCAGCCCCCGCAUCAGUGGCGGUGACCACCCGGUCGGCGGCCGCGAGUUCUUUUUCGACCGGCACCCGGGCGUCUUCGCUUAUGUGCUCAACUACUACCGCACCGGCAAGCUGCACUGUCCCGCCGACGUGUGCGGGCCACUCUUCGAAGAGGAGCUGGCCUUUUGGGGCAUCGACGAGACCGACGUGGAGCCCUGCUGCUGGAUGACCUACCGGCAGCACCGCGACGCCGAGGAGGCGCUCGACAUCUUCGAGACCCCGGACCUCAUCGGUGGCGAUCCCGGCGACGACGAGGACCUGGCGGCCAAGAGGCUGGGCAUAGAGGAUGCAGCGGGGCUUGGGGGCCCCGACGGCAAGGCUAGCCGCUGGAGGAGGUUGCAGCCCCGCAUGUGGGCCCUGUUUGAGGACCCCUACUCGUCCAGAGCCGCCAGGUUUAUUGCUUUUGCUUCUUUAUUCUUCAUCCUGGUUUCCAUCACAACCUUUUGCCUGGAGACACAUGAAGCUUUCAAUAUCGUUAGAAACAAGACAGAGCCAGUCAUCAAUGGCACAAGUGUUGUUCUACAGUAUGAAAUUGAAACGGAUCCUGCCUUGACGUAUGUAGAAGGAGUAUGUGUGGUGUGGUUUACUUUUGAGUUUUUAGUCCGUAUUGUUUUUUCCCCCAAUAAACUUGAAUUCAUCAAAAAUCUCUUGAAUAUCAUUGACUUUGUGGCCAUCCUACCUUUCUACUUAGAGGUGGGACUCAGUGGGCUCUCAUCCAAAGCUGCUAAAGAUGUGCUUGGCUUCCUCAGGGUGGUAAGGUUUGUGAGAAUCCUGAGAAUCUUCAAGCUCACCCGCCAUUUUGUAGGCCUGAGGGUGCUUGGACACACUCUUCGAGCUAGCACUAACGAAUUUUUGCUGCUGAUAAUCUUCCUGGCUCUAGGAGUUUUGAUAUUUGCUACUAUGAUCUACUAUGCCGAGAGAGUAGGAGCUCAACCUAACGACCCUUCAGCCAGCGAGCACACACAAUUCAAAAACAUUCCCAUUGGGUUCUGGUGGGCUGUAGUGACCAUGACUACCCUGGGCUAUGGGGAUAUGUACCCCCAAACGUGGUCAGGGAUGCUGGUGGGAGCCCUGUGUGCUCUGGCUGGAGUGCUGACAAUAGCCAUGCCAGUGCCUGUGAUUGUGAACAAUUUCGGAAUGUACUACUCCUUGGCAAUGGCGAAGCAGAAGCUUCCAAGGAAAAGAAAGAAGCACAUUCCUCCUGCCCCUCAGACAAGCUCACCUACCUUUUGCAAGACAGAAUUAAAUAUGGUCUGCAAUAGCACACAGAGUGACGUGUGUCUAGGGAAAGACAAUCUACUUCUGGAACGUAACAGAUCAGUGUUAUCAGGUGACGACAGUACAGGAAGUGAGCCGCCAUUAUCACCCCCAGAACAGCUCCCCAUCAGACGCUCUAGUACCAGAGACAAAAACAGAAGAGGGGAGACAUGUUUCCUACUGACGACAGGUGAUUACACGUGUGCUUCUGAUGGAGGGAUCAGGAAAGGAUAUGAGAAAUCCCGAAGCUUAAACAACAUAGCGGGCUUGGCAGGCAAUGCUCUGAGGCUGUCUCCAGUAACAUCACCUUACAACUCUCCUUGUCCUCUGAGGCGCUCUCGAUCUCCCAUCCCGUCUAUCUUGUAAACCAAACUGCAUCAGUCAGCUAAAUUGUAUCAGUACAGAUACUGUUUACCCCAUAAUGGAAUUAAGUAAAAGUAGCGUUACUCCAGGCUCUAACAAUAGAGUAUAAAUCCUGCAUGAUACUACUAUUUGAAGUCAGAAAUGCUACUUGGGUAGAUAACGAAUCUUAUCCUGGCUUCAAAGAUUAUUUAAAGUAGUGCUACUCCUUCUCCGUAUUAAUUGCCCUGAUUUUUCGCAAUAAAAUGAUAGUAUUGAUAUUGGCCAGUACACUAAUCCAUAAACGUAUCUUCAGGGAGAUAUAUAUUUAAAACAAUGUGCUUCCAAAUGCCAACCACUCCAUUGGACAUUCAUCCUUGUGACUCUAAACCAUUCUAAAGAUGUCUGGGACACUGUUUUGAUUAUACACAACAUGACUUGGGUCAGUUCAUAUGCACGGACCAUCUUAUUUCUAUCAUCUGAGAAUAAUGUUGCAGAAUCCGGGGACCACGGAUGGCUUGGAAUAUGUGUGUUUGCAUUGAAGCAUGCUGCAGACAUGAAAGCACUGGUCAACUCUUCUUCAUUUCGAAUGGUGGGGUGGGGUGGGCAAGUGUCUCCUUGACUUAUUUUUCUUCAUCCUCUGAAAGAAAUAUUUGUUUUAACUAGUUCAAUUUCUUGAUUAAUUUACUUUUCUUAAAAAAAAAAAAAUAAUGCUGUAUUGGAGUUCUGAAUGUCUCUGGUUGUUCACACACAGAUAACUGCAAUGAGGUUGUUAUUACUGGUUACAUGCAAGCUGCGGUCAGAUCUGUUACUUAAUGCUUGGGGAAGGCACAAAACAUAAGAGAAAGGUAACUGCCAGCCAGGCUUGCUUUGUUUAGCCAGGAAAUACUGCUCGGUACUAGAGUCACUUUUUUUCUUAUCCCCAGCAUUUGUCAUCAUAUUCAGAGACAGCGUGCCAAGUUAUCACCCAAAGCUUUCAUGUCUUUUUAACCUCUUUCCUUUAUUUUUAUCUUUUAAUCUUUUGUGCAAACAUCAAAGAGCAUUGGUGUUCACAGAAUGCUUUUCUGACCAGCCUUAAAUUUCUGAAUUACAGGAUUAAUCAGAUUUUCAGGCAGUGUUUAAUCAGGUGCUUUGUCCUGUACGUUGUUUCUGUCUGUCUGAGCUCCCUGUCUUAACUGUAUAUGCCAUACGUCUACAUGAAGCACAGAAAUGCCUUGAUAAGGUGUUCAUGAUUUUAGUACUAGAUAUCCUCUUUUUUGCUUUGUGUAUAAAUUAAUGAUGCCCGGUGGACUACCUAAGCUAAUCAGUACUGUGAACCUUUUUGAUAAGCAGGAUUUAAGGAGCAAUUGCACCAUUGCACUUGGUUGCCUGCUGAAGCAUCAAUUUCUACUACCUAGCAACCAGCAUUCAUCAUUACACUCUACCGAAACCCCCCGAGAGUUUUAUUCAGUCUGAAUGGGAGAAAUUCUGUUUACACAUCUCUAUGAAUGUAAUAGCAAUAGUGUGUCUAGUGUGGGCAGAAGAGGGAAGAAAAAUGCCAUAAUAUAAAUUAAAUGAAACAACACUCUCAAGGCAUUCGAGAUCCUUGAGACUGUUGGGUAAUUCUUGACUUUCAUGUUUAUUUUUUGUUAGGAGCACAAUUACCAUUUUUAAUAUUGAUCACGUAACAUGUAUGACUAUAUCUCCAAAUCCUAGAGCAUGACCUGCAUGUCAGAGAUCUUGUACAGCGAUGUAUUUAUCCAGAUGUACAUUUCUGAUAUUUAAAGAUUCAGUGACCCUUUUGAUAACAUCAAAGGAAAAAGUUAUAAUUACAUACAGCUUUAUGGUAAAGGAAUUCAUAUACUGUCUGGUGCUGCUGUUAUUGACUGCAGUGUUAUACAGAAUUUAUCAUGGAUUUUUGCUGAAAAAGGGACAGUGGUAUUUAGCCAUACCAUGGACUGUACUGGAAACAGACUUCUGCUGCUGAGUGUGCCCUCAUGUGACCAGUUUGCACUUGGAAGAGGUACCAUGUCUUCAUAAGGCAUUUAAAUUGUGGCUGGAACUCAUCUGGUGCUUGUGGUUUAAGUGGUCGCCUUGUGGACUGGCCAGUGUCUAUGAAACAACUUGUAAAUACCACCAUGUGUGCAUGGGUUAACCACUUUGGCCAUUUUACAUCAAUGGAAGCCAAAAUCAUGGUCAACAUCUUUGAAGCUUCAAGUAAACCCUGCACCUCUCUGUGUUACUCCUCAUGAGCCAGCAGUAGGUUGUGCUGUGAAUUACACAAGGCAGUGAUAUUGAUGUAGUAUAGGUCUGUCUUAACUUCUCUUACUUCUUCUAUGUUAGUUGGAUACAUGAACAUUGACUGUAUCAUUUUCUUAUAAACCACUUAUGUUAUCAGCUUGUCAGUUAUGUUGUGAAAUUUUAGUGCCUAUUUAUUAAACUGCCCUAUUUUUAGUCACAUUCUUGUUUAGUUCUUGAAAAAUUGUUACAACUGAAAAAAAAAUCCACCUAUGUUAUUCAUAGUUUUAAGUCUUUUGUCAUUGUUACCUCAAUUAUAAAUAUUAAAAAAAAUAAAAUUCUGGCAGUAAGAAUAUUUUUUUAUUAAAUGAUUAAGGAGCAAUGUCAGUCUAUAGUAGGAUAUUUAAUUAUAUCCUAAAAUGUAUAUUUUGCAUAAAAAAUAUAUUCUUCCAUCAAUUACUUUUUUGUGAGUUUUGUGGCAAAUGAAGCUUGUACCUGUCUUUGAAACUGUUGUAGUUGAAAUUGUUAUAAGAAUUCUUUACUGUGCUUAAUCAAUAUUUCCAGAUUCUGUUAGCUCCCCUGGGAUUCAGAAUAUAACAUAACCUAAUUAUGAGCCCCUGUAUUGUGGACCUUUUGUGAACCUUUCAAGGUGCAUGAACAACCUUGGUGAUAACCAAUAGAAAUGUAACUAAUAGGAAUGAAGAAUAAAAGGCAAAUGAGCAGGGGAUAAAUUUGAAUUCUGAUUAAAUUAUUCAUAUU